AUGUUCUGCUCAAGAUCGGUUCCUAGGUUGAGGGCGUGUGCCAGGAGAUGGUACCAGAGGCCCAGCUUACAACAUGUAUCGCCCGACAAGGAGCUUCCCGGUGUGUUCACUGCCCGAGGAUUACAAAAUGCAUGGUUUGAGAGAGCUGACCACUACGCUGCGCAGUUGAACAAGUACACCCAGGGCACCCAGGAGACCGCUCUGGAGAAUAUCAUCUAUGAGGAGUCCCGCUCUUACAUCAAGCGUCACAUUACCAACUACGCGAGCUUGCUCUACAACUUGGAAUUCGCUAUGCAGUCGUUGCAAGGGAACCCACAAAACAAGAUACCACAGGGACCAAUCGGUAGAGAGUCACUGUUGGAGACACCCGCUACGGAGCAACUGAUCAAGAAUGAGCCUAGGAGCUCUGGUAACACAGAUUUACACCAGCUGCUGGAGAAUUCAUUUGGGUCAAUUGCAGAAUUCAAGACUUUGCUACUCAACUCGGCGUUGGCCAUCUCAGGAGAAGGUUUUACCUGGCUUGUAGCAAGAAAAGUAACACAAUCAGAAAUGGACAGAGUUUCAAACUCUACCGGAGACAAGAUACUGUUCGAUAAAUUGUUUGUGCUAAACACUUACAACGCAGGAUCCCCUUUCAAUUUUAACAGGGCUGGAUCCAUCACUACAUUGAACAAGACAGAGAAGGCUAAAGAGGCCAAAUCAGAACAGAAUUCUACAACUGAAGUGGAUGAGUUUUCUAAGACUUUGAAAGAUAUUAGAAGGGCUAAAGAAGAAGCUGUGGACCCAGAGUUGGCAUACAUCCCAUUAUUGGCUAUAGAUUCUUCACCAAAGGCUUGGCUGCAUAACUACGGUGCAUUUGGUAAGAGACAGUACUUAGAAAAUGUGUGGGAGGCCACAGAAUGGAAAGUAGUUGAAAGUAGACUUGCUGGUUUGACUAGAUCCUUGGACUCUAGUAUUUAA